GCCGCGGAAAGCUGCCUCGCGGGAGGGGGAGGAAGAGGGGCCGGUGGAGGGAGGGAAGAAGUGAGAGGAGGAGGAAGAGGCGCACAGGGACGGCCCCUGCGCGAUCGAUGAGCGGCUCCUCUGCCCUGGACCAGCCCGCCUGCCCCGCCCCUCGGCCCCUUUAGCCUCUCACAGGGGAAGAAAGGACAGAUCCGCCAGGUGGGGAUUAAGAAUCAUGUUGCAUGAAGCAAAGGACAGGCAGAAGUUCGUCAGUGAUGCUCAAUUUCUGCGGGACAUGCAGCAUAAGGUGGAUUCUGAAUAUCAGGCUUGUCUGAGACGACAGGAACAGAGAAAAGACUCGACUGAUAAGAAACGAGAUCAAUUUGGGGUGCCAGAGACAAAUUUGGAGAGAUCCCGAUUUUCAAGCGGGUCAUCUUCCAAACAGAGUUCUGUUGAGGAAGAUCCUCUAGCCGAACCAAGGUUGUCUGUCAAGACUUCUUUGGUUAAAUGUGAUUCCAAACUUCCAGCAAUUGACCAAACAUCAGUCAAGCAGAAACAUAAAAGUACCAUGACUCCAAGGAAACCGGAGAAAGCAGGCCCCAGCAAACCCUCUCCAGCAGCCCAGGCACAGAUUUUAUCAAGGAAGAGGAGGCCAAACCUGGGGAGACUGACAGUCAGCCCGGAAAUGCAGAGCCCAAGAGCAUCUGGGGGCAGAAGCAGACAGAAAUCGCAGCUGCUGGCAAAGGCGCCGGCUCUCACGGGAGCAGAUCCAGUAGCUGAACAAGAAGGCCCAAUGUGGGCAAAUGACACUAAGCUCAAGAGGCCAGUUCGAGAGAGAAGAAACUUAGUGCUGUCCUCACAGAUGACAACAGCUGAGAACACCCCUGAGAGAGCCAGCAAAGGAGACUGGAAUGCUCUUUCCCAGAGUGAACCACACUCAGCUCUAUCCCAGGCCUUCCAAGGAACAAAUAGUCCUCAAGUGCUGAGUGAGUCCUUAGGGCCAUCACUCACAUCUAUCCCCAAGGGAGGGCCAAGAAGGGCACCAUUUAGGUUCAGAGACAAAGAUUUUUAUUCCAUUUUAAAAUUAAAUACUGGGGGAGAAAAUGAUGACACUGAAGAGGAAACCCAUUUACAGGAAGAACUUCUGUUGCUUGGUAUGCACCCACCCCGUUCUCCUUCCAGUCAUAAAAGGAGUAGAUUUCUUGGGACAUUGACCACUCAGACAAAAAAUAAAAACUUUGAAGAAGAUCCUGAAAAUCGCAGAGCUAAUUCCUCAAGAAGCAGCGAGCUUAGUCAUGGCUCAUUAAGAAUAAGCAAUGCAAUGGAGCCAGUGACAGAGCAGCCUUCUGUCGGGCAAAAGAUGUUCCAAGACCCUGGGCUGAUUGAUGGGGAGUCUGCCAAAGGGAAUGACAGUGGUGGCAAUGAAAAUGAGAAAAAGGCCUUUCAUUCAUGGGACACCAAAUCUGAACCCAGACAAAAGGGUGGUCUCAAUGCUGAAAGUGUUUCUACUGAUUGUACUUCUAUGGCAGAUAGAUCUGGCACCCAUGAUUAUGAAAGAGAUUGGCAAGCCUAUUUAAAUAGUUCUAGAAAUUCUCUUGACUACUUUCCUUCUGGUAGACCAACACUUCCGAGAUCAUCAAGGAAUUCCUCUUAUUGUGCUCCCGGGUCAUCAUUGCCUUCUGCUCUGAGAGGUGACAUUCCAGUAGACUUGUCAGUGUCAUCUAAUUUAGUUCCCAGUUCAGACUCAGAGGGAAACUCAAGGUUUAAUGUUCGUCGACCACUGUCCCCCAUUAGAAAUAGGAAUCCAAUUGCCAGUGCUGAAAACCACAGUUAUUUUCCAGGAAGCACUCCACAUGCAUGUGAUGUUGGGGGAGCAGAAGAUAUUACUUUCACAAGUCAGCCUCAGGGGGCUCCAUUAUAUCCAGAAGAUCUAUCACUAAAUCCUCAAGGUGACUUGUCCUCGGUGGAUUCUUCCAGCUCCUCUCCAUCAAGAAUGAACUUACAAGGCCACUUGCAUAUGUCUGGGUCCCUGCAAGAAAAUACACCUUUUACUUUCUUUGCAGUGUCUGAUAUCCCAAAUCAAAAUGAUAAUGGAAACAGAGUGGCAGCCUCUGGUUUCAUAGUUGAAAAGGAGGCCACUAAGAUAAAGGCAGACCCUGAGAAACUCAAGAAAUUGCAAGAAAGUCUCCUGGAGGAGGAUUCGGAGGAGGAGGGAGACUUGUGUCGCAUCUGUCAGAUAGCCGGGGGUUCCCCAGCCAACCCCCUCCUGGAGCCUUGUGGCUGUGUGGGAAGCCUGCAGUUUGUUCAUCAAGAGUGCCUGAAAAAGUGGCUGAAAGUGAAAAUAACAUCAGGAGCAGAUCUAGGCGCUGUGAAAACCUGUGAAAUGUGUAAGCAAGGCCUGAUGGUCAAUCUGGAUGACUUGAACUUGAACGAGUUCUACCAGAAGCAUCAGCAGUACCGGGCACAAAAUGAGCUGAUGAAUUCAGGCUUGUACCUGGUGCUGCUGCUUCACCUCUACGAACAGAGGUUUGCAGAACUCAUGAGACUCAACUACAACUGGGUUGCAAGAGAGAGGAUCCCGAAUUGGGAGAUGGAAAUGAAGGCACCAUUUAUCAAAGCAACAGCCGGGUCGUCUAGGAGAGGGCUGGCCAUGGAGCUCAGCGGAGACCUCUCUACCCAGCCACCUUUUCUAUCCCCAUGUGCCUCCUUUCUUCCUUCUCUUUACUGAAACUGAAACUGACGUGUUCACAGUUAUCAUUUUCACCUUAUACCACUCAUUUUGGGGUCCAGCUUGGGCAUCUAUGGCAGCAACAGCGACCAGCCUGGUCCCAGCUAGCACGAGCCUGGGGCUGUUGGGCCCCCAUCAGGCUGCCCUGCUGCUGCCCCUCAGCUGAAAGCCCAUGGGGACCCAGCGGCACUGGCAGCCUGGUGGCCUGGGAUCCUCCUGCCGAGGGCACCCGUUCAGGCCUCCGUCCACCCCGAGUGGAAUUGAGCCGCACAUUCAGUAAACUGACUUUAUUCACCCAGCUUCGCUGUUUGUUUCACUCUCCUUGGACAAAGUCAGGGCCUCACACUUGGGGAGAGGGACGCUCACCCUACAGCUCCCACUCCACUUCUCUUAACCACCCAUCGCCACCCCUUCCACCACUACUGGCAAUGAUACAUUCUGGGCCCCCAGUGGGCUGGGCAGGUGCAUGGCCAGUGCCCCAGGAGGUACCCACUUAGGACCGUUUGGUGUAUAGACUCCAUGCUGCUCCCCACCUGCCCGUGGUGUCACAGCUCUAUCUCAGGGCCCAAAGACCAGGUCAGCUCAGAGCUUGGGGUGAAAAAGGUCAGAGGGGCUAGUGGGGAAAGAGAAGUGUGUGUUUGUGUGGGUGUGUGCAGGGUGUGGAGACAGACACAAAGAUAGGUUAAAAUGAAUUAGUGAUACUUUCAAAAACAUAUUAAGGGAAGAAGUCAGACACAAAAGAUUACACAAUUCCCUGUACAUGAAAUUUUUAGAAAAGGGAAAAGGCAAAAUGUAGAGACAGAAAGCAAAUUGGUAGUUGCUUGGGCUGGAGAUUAACUGCAAGUGGGCUCCAGGGAACUUUUUGUGGGUGAUGAGGUGUUUGAA